ACAAACAACUGAUUUUGGAGGAAGAUGAGGGUGAAGGAGAUACUCAGGACGGCGACACAGGCAUGGAGUCCUGCGACAAAGCAUCCCGUGUACCUGGCCUUAGGAACUGCAGCGCAGCAGCUGGAUGCAUCCUUCAACACCAGCGCCGCUCUGGAGAUCUUCGAGAUGGAUUUCGCUGAUUCAUCCAUGGACAUGAAGCUCAGAGGAACUCUGCCCACUUCUAACAGGUUUCACAGUCUGAUCUGGGUGGCGUUUGAUAUGGAGGUGAAGGGCUCGUCCGGGCGACUCAUCGGCGGCAGUGAGAGCGGAACCGUGACCGUCUUCAGCCCCGACGCUAUUCUCAGCGCGGGAGAGGACGCCGUGAUCGGACAGUCCAACAAACACACAGGCCCUGUGCUCGCGCUCGACUACAACCGCUUCCAGAGUAACCUCAUCGCCUCCGGAGCCAGCGAUUCAGAAAUAUACAUCUGGGACUUGAACAACUUCAGUAAUCCCAUGACGCCGGGCACAAAGUCACAGCUCUGUGAGCCGGCAGAGGACGUGAGCGUGGUGGCGUGGAACAGUCAGGUGCAGCACAUACUUGCGUCUGCAAACCCCAGCGGGAAAGCCAUCGUCUGGGAUCUGAGGAAGAACGAGCCCAUCAUCAAAAUCAGUGACCACAGCAACAGGAUCUCGGCUUCGUUUGACACCAGCGACCCGUUUGGAACCGGUCAGACUCUUCCUCCUCUGCAGGUUCCUCAGCCCUCAGUCGAAACCACCAUCAUCCCUCCGCUAAAAAAGCCACCCAAGUGGGUACGGAGGCCCGUAGGAGCAUCUUUCGCUUUCGGAGGGAAGCUGGUGACGUUUGAGAGCCCUAAUGUGGCUCCGCAGCAGCAGCAGCCAAUCCGGCGACAGGUGCAUGUGAGUCAGGUGACCACAGAGACGGAGUUCCUCCAGCGCUCGGACGAGCUGCAGGCCGCUCUGCAGUCAGGAUCCUUCAGCAGCUACUGCCACGGCAAGAUCAGCAGCGCCCCGUCGGACGCCGAGCAGGACAUAUGGAGGUUCCUCAUGGUGAACUUUGAAGAUGAAGCGCGUGUGAAGUUUCUGCGGCUGCUGGGCUUCAGUAAAGACGAGCUGCAGAGGAAGAUCUCAGCGUGUUUGGGGAGGAAGCUUCAUCCGAACGGUUUAGACGUGAAUGAUCUGGCUGAGAAGAUGCAGACGCUUUCUGAUCAGAGAGCAGAUGAGUCAGACGGUUUGUCCGGCCGUGAGUCUCCGUCUGAUUUCUUCAGUCAGCUACCAAAGAAAGAGAAAGACCGAGCGCCCUUCCAGAUCCCCGUGUCCUCAGAUACGGACGGUCUGAUCAGUCAGGCUCUGUUGGUGGGGAACUUCGAGGCUGCGGUGGAUCUGUGCUUGAACGACGGCCGUUUCGCCGAAGCCAUCCUCCUGUCAAUCAGCGGAGGGGAGGAGCUACUGAAGAAGACCCAGCAACGCUACCUCCACCAACAGACCAACAGCGUCUCCAUGGUAACCACUUAUGAUCAUUACUUCAUCUGCUCGGGGAACAUCGAGCGUCUGGUGGAGUGCUGGACGUCACAGAGAGACUGUUCUUCUCCGCUGGCGCUGGAGGAUCUGGUGGAGAAGGUGAUGAUCCUGCGGAAGUCGAUCGAGCGUCUGCGUAGCGGCGAGGUUUGUGUUCAGAGCUCAGCGCUGACCGAGAAGCUCAUCCAGUACUCCAGCAUCCUGGCAUCACAGGGCAGCUUGAGUUCAGCGCUCCGCUACCUGCCUGACAGCCCAGACCAGCACACUCCUGCAGCACACACACUGGGGCCCUACGGAUCCGCAGCUCCUCCUCAGAUGCAGCAGAUGAUGCCCCGUCUCUUCACUCCUCAGCCGCGGCCCGAUCCUGCUGCUCCUGCUGGAGCUCCACCGUCGAGCCUCAGACCCUGUGUCUACCCACAACACCCUGCCACAGCUCCGGGUUUUGCUCCGUCUCAGCCGUUUGCUCAGUCUGGUUCUUUUGGAGCUCCGGUGGGUUUCAUGUCCGGCCCCUCGAUGUCCGGCCCCUCGAUGUCGGGGCCCUCAGUGCCGCCCUCCUCGCCCCCGGGCCCCAUGAUGCCCGCUCCGCCCGGCCCAGGGUUCCUCUCACCCACGUCUCUGCCCUGGUUUCCAGCGGCUCCUCCCGGCGGGGCCUAUCUUCCUCUCGGAGCCGGGUAUCCUCAGGGCGGCCCCGGAGCCCCAGGGGCCAAGAUCUUCAGCGGCGCCGGUGUCCCGCCUCCACCGACAGGAUAUUUCCCAUGGCUGAUGUGCCACACAGAAGAGGAAGUUCAGGACGGGUGGAACGACCCUCCAGCUGUACGCGCAGGACAACGCAAGAAAAAGCUGCCAGAGAACUACACUCCCCCUGCUCCGAUCACAGCACCGGUGAUGGGUUUCCCGGUGGAGACUCCUGUUCCUCAGGAUCGGAUCCAGGUGCCGCCCGGAGCCCCUCAGGAGCCCAGCGUGCAGUCCUUACAGCAGCUUCCUGCCGAGCACGUGGAGCAGAAGGAAAUCCCCGCCGAACACAUGAUCCUCAAGACCACCUUCAGCAGCCUGGUGCAGCGCUGUCAGCUGGCCGCCGCAGACCCGCAAACGAAGCGCAAACUGGACGAUGCCUCCAAACGUCUGGAGAGUCUGUACGACAAACUGCGAGACCAAGCGCUCUCUCCCAGCAUCCUCGGUGGCCUGCACGAGAUCAGCCGCUGCGUCAGCGUCCGCAACUAUCAGCAGGGUCUGGAGGUUCACACGCAGGUGGUGAGCAGCAGCAACUUCAGCGAGAUCUCUGCCUUCAUGCCCGUCCUCAAAGUGCUCAUGACCAUCGGCAACAAGUUGGCCGUGUGACUCCAGCGCUCCACGGCAGAUCCGGUUUCCGCUUGUGUUUUGAUCUGUCGCUGAACUGUGCUUUAAGAAUGAAUGCAGCGUUAAUAU